AUGACAUCAAAGCAAGAGCUAGAAUCCAACGCAUGCCCGACGUGCAAGAGGAAGUAUGAAGACAAGCUGGAGGAGAAGCCGUCAGAAGAGAAGCCCUCCAAGCCGGCGAAGACGGACACCACCAUCGAUAUCGACGCGAUUGUCGAGGACAAGCACAAUCAGUUACCUCCCCUACCCUCACCUCCUCUCAAGCAACAUCCCCGGUUUGUGCAUUGCAUGCCACCUGAGAGCCCCACCUACCGCGAGUUCUCGGUUUUCCUUGCUGGCAGCAUCGAAAUGGGACGAGCUGUACAAUGGCAGAAGCACAUGGCGACAUUCCUCUCCACACUCCCCAUCACAGUCAACAACCCACGCAGAGGACACUGGGAUCCAGCAGCGACGCAGGAAGCCAAGAACGAGUCGUUCAGGCACCAGGUGGAGUGGGAGCUCUCGGCGCUGGAGAAGGCGGACGUGGUCUGUUUCUUCCUGGACGUCAGCACCAUGAGUCCUGUGACGAUGCUGGAGCUAGGCCUUUGGGCAAAAUCCAACAAGGUGAUUGUCUGCUGUGGCAAGAAGUUCUGGCGCGCUGGCAACAUCCACAUUGUUUGCGAACGCUACGGCAUCCCGUUUGUGGAGACGUUUGAGCAUCUCGUGCCGGCCAUCAAGAACAUGCUCGUUGAGAAGGGCAUGAAGCUCGAUGAGAGCGGCGACCUUGUCAGACCGUAG